AUGUCCGGGAACUCUGAUUUGCUUGCGGCAGCGGACUAUGUGGUGUUUGCUGUUGUUCUGCUCGUGUCUGCUGGUAUUGGGUUUUAUUAUGCCUGGAAAAGCAGAAGCCAUGGAACCUCCAGAGACUUUUUAACUGGGGGCCGAAAACUCAGUGCCCUGCCUGUCUCCCUGUCUCUGACUGCCAGCUUCAUGUCAUCGGUCACAGUGCUGUCCAACCCAGCUGAGGUGUAUCACUAUGGAGCCAUAUUUGGCUAUCUUUGUAUUACCUAUGUAAUAACGGUGGUGUUCAUAUCGGAGGUCUUUCUCCCAGUCUUCUACAGACUGGCCAUCAACAGCACAUAUGAGUAUCUGGAGCUGCGUUUCAACAGAGCAACCCGUCUGAUGGGAACAAUGAUCUUCUGUAUUAAUGCAUUGCUCUACACUGGACUUAUAAUUUAUGCUCCAGCUCUUGCUUUGAACCAAGUGACUGGUAUGAACCUGUGGGGUGGAAUUAUUUCAACAGCCAUGCUUUGCACUCUUUAUUGCACACUGGGUGGCCUGAAAGCAGUGGUGUGGACAGAUGCUGUCCAGAUUGGAAUAAUGUUUGCAGGCUACAUGUCUGUUAUAAUCAAGUCUGUGAUCUUAAAAGGAGGAAUCUCCACCAUCUUGUCAGAUGCCCAAGAAGGAGGAAGAAUCAACUUUAUGGACUUUGACAUAAACCCUCUGAGAAGACACACUUUUUGGACUCUAGUCAUUGGAGGAACAUUUGGGUGGAGCUCCGUCUAUGGGACCAACCAAGCUCAGGUUCAGCGAUACAACUCCUGCAAGAGCGUGACAAAUGCCAGACUAGCUCUGUUCAUCAAUGCGUUAGGCCUUACUUGCACCCUAACAUCAUCAGUGCUUUCAGGAUUAUGUAUUUACUCAUUCUAUAAGGACUGUGACCCAUGGACAGCUGGACAAGUUUCUUCUCCUGAUCAGCUGUUGCCUUAUUUGGUGAUGGACAUCUUGGCCGACCACCGAGGCCUUCCAGGACUUUUUUUUGCAGCAGUAUAUAGUGCCUCUCUGAGCACAGUUUCUUCCUCAAUCAGUGCACUGGCUGCAGUGACUGUAGAGGACCUGAUCAAGCCAUGCACUAACCUGUCUGAGAAAAAGCUUCUCCUAAUCUCCAAAGGGCUGAGUUUAUUUUUUGGAGUUGUAUGCAUUGCCAUGGCUGGGCUGGCAUCACUCAUGGGACAUAUGAUGCAGGCAGCGUCUGUCAUCCUUGGCCUCUCUGGAGGUCCUUUACUUGGCCUGUUCAGUUUGGGUGUCCUCUGUCCAUUUGCCAACUCCAAAGGAGGUCUGUUGGGCCUCGUGGCAGGGUUGGCUGCAUCCCUGUGCGUGACCAUCGGAGCCCUGAUAUCCCCUUCCCCUCCUGAGAUGACCCGACCUCUCUCACUGAGCACUGAGGGUUGUAACUUCACUUCUGGCAGCAGUCUCAACUGGACUACCGCACUGCCAACAGAACCAAGCCCAUUAACCACAACCCCAGGACAGAACACUGAUGAUAUACGUUCACUUUACUGGCACACUCCAUCCUACCUUUACUUCGUUGUCAUUGGAUGUUUAACAUCUGUUAUUGUUGGAGUCAUUAUCAGUCUCUUAACAGGAGGUUUGAGGGAGACGGUGGACCCGAGGCUUACACUAAUGAAAGAAGACACUCUUUCCUAUCAGCUAUUCAAACUUGUCAAAGACAGGGUCACGAGACGAACAGAGAAAGUUGAUCGGUCAAAACAGGAGGAUAAAGACACAAAUCCUACUCAUGUGAAAUUCAACAACUCCGUCUGUGUUUCAGCUUUUUAACGGCCGAUACAAAAGUUUUGUGAUUCUUGAGCUGUAUCGGCCGCAGCGAUGCUCACAUCCAGGACUGUGACCAGCUGGACUAAUAAGAAAUGACAACAAAGGAAAUGAAUAUCAGCAAGACAAUAAUGCUUUAAUUUAAAUGCGAUGAUUGCACAAAAUUGUAUUUUAUUUAGCACAGGUUAACUGAAAAAUCUAGCAGCCAUAUUAUAAACUUCGGGAAUGUCUUACGGUUUACACAACUGGGAUCAAAUGUGUGUCUGAAGUUCAUGUACCUGCCAGGAAUACUGAAACAGGGACACAGUCUGUACAAAUGGAAACACUUUAGGAGAUGAACAGACUCCCAUGAAUAGAAAUAUGAAUAGAUUGAUCAUCAGCAAGUGUGAGCAACUCUGUAGAAGCAGAUGUUUCUUCAGUUUGCAGGUCUGGAUCAUUCAGGUGUGUAUUUUUUUAACCCUUUUAUUUAUUGAUAUUUAAUAUUACAAAACAAAUAAAUAAUAAUAGUACAGUUGACAUAAGACUUACAUUAAACAAUAUAAUCCCCAAAGAAAGUAAAUAUAAAUAAUAAAAUGGAAAGCAAAUACAUAACACAUGUAACGAGGAAAAAAAAAGAAAAACAGCAUUUAGCAUCAUUUCCUACUUAAUUUCCUUCAUAAUGUCUCAGAAACUCGGUCAGUGGUGACCAUAUUUCUUCAAAAUGUACCCCCUUUCCUCUGACAAUAUAAGUGAGCCGUUCCAGUACAAUAUUGGAUGCCAUUUCCUUCCAGUACAAAGAUAUUAAUCACCUGGCCUGGAUAUAUAGCCGACACACAUAUUUUUGCCUCAGCAGGUGCAUUUGUUGCAACAAUCUUAGACAAAGUUUGCAUGACUGAUUUCCCAAGUCCCACACACAGUCAAAGAGAGUACCCUUUCCAUUUAAACGUUUACUACAGUUAUCUGGGAUCUUAGGAGAUCAGUGAUUCAGUUUGGCCACAGUUCUCAUCAACCAGUUAUAUUGGAGGAGUUUCAUUCUUGUACUAAUUGAUUGCUUUUCGGCUUUUAAACAUGCAGUUUCCCAUUCCAGCUCCUGUAUCUCCUCUUGGAUAAUCAGAUCUCCAUCCAUCCAGCGUAUCAAUGGUAGAUUCCUUAUCGUGUGUUAAUAAAGCUGCAUAGAAUAAACAAAUACAGCCUCUCCUCAUCUGACCCACUUAU